UGCAACAGGGUGGAUCCAACCGCGGUGUGGAUCCACCGUGAGAUACAGAAGACGAAAGUUUGAAUUUGUUAAGGAAAAUUUACUUUCAUUCGUCCGGCUUGCGUGCGUUUUUCGUCCAGCUUUUUAAUUUUUAUGAGAAAUGGCUCCAAAAACCCCCAAAAAGGUUUUACGGGACAUUCUGGAGGACCUGAAGGAUGCCAACUUCCAGAAGUUCCGCGACGAACUCCUGGAGCGAAAGGAUGGUGUGAAAACGAGCCAGGUGGAGGGGAAAGGCUUUCUGGACGUUGCAGAUGUCAUGGUGUCAGUUUAUACCGAGAAGAAGGUUCUGCUGGUGGCCGAUGAGAUCCUCAGAGAGAUCCGCUGCCAUGGAGCGGCGGACGAACUGGCCGAAGCGGCUAAAAAGGCAGGUUUUCCAUACCAAGGUGGUGCUUCCGGUGAAGAGGAGCACUUUGUGGACCAACACAUGGUUGAGCUGGUCCAGAGCGUGACCAGCAUUGCACCCAUUUUGGACAAGCUGUUAAAAGCCAAAAUUAUGCAAGAUGAAACUUACGAUGAAAUCAGCGCCCUACCCACCUGUCAGGCCAAGAUGAGAGCGCUCUACAGAGGACCGUUGAAGGCCAGCAAACGCUGCAAAGAUGUCUUCUACGAAAUCCUGGAGGAACUAGAACCUUUCCUCAUUAAAGACCUCAUGGGGAAAUAAAUCCUGGGUGGGAAAUCAAAUUAAUUUUAGACAGAGAAUCAAGACAAAUUUCUUGUAAUUGAAUAAAAAAAGUUUGACUUGUU